UUGUGCUCGUCACACUCUGACCUCUGGCUAUCUAUGACAGAUUGUGUUUAGCGUUUACUACUUAGUGUGUUCAUUAUUGAAUUAGUUUGUGAUGACAGUCCGUGUAUAGUGUACAAAGCGAUAUACCAGACGAAUAUAAUUAAUCACACAUUGUUAUGUAGACUCUCCUGUUUGCUUGUCACCUCGUUGCCGAAGGCGAGACAGAGCACAACCCGGCACUGCAGACUUGCAACACCAGCAAUGGAGUUGAUGUGAAUGGGGUCUAUGGAAUGUGAGGUGAACCAUAGAACAGAUUAAGGAUGAAAAGCAGUCAUUAGAGAAGCUAGACCACACUUCUUGGGGCAGCGCCACAAUCGUCUGUGCUACGGCCACUGUCGGUACUACUGUUACUCAGUACUACUGUCACCACCGCCAUCAUCAUCUCCAGCAGUACCAUGCAAGAGUAUCAGCAUUCCCGAAGCAUGAUGAGGAGCAUCAUUCUCCUGGUGGUUCUUCAGGGUGCUCUGGCUUUGCCCCAGGUCAAAGGAAAACAAGUAAACACCUAUCCCUUCCCCACCUGUCCUCUGAAAGAGGUGGACGCAAGUCAUCCAGUGACAUACGCCACCUUGGAGGACAGUCUCACCUUCGCUAUCCGACCCAAUGAGCCUGUAAUGUAUAUGAGAAUCAUCGUGGACAACACACACUAUAAGGCCUCUGUGUCGGGCACCAUGAUCGAGUUACUGGAGUGUUCUUCUCAAGAUGAAGACUGUCAGGUCCUGAAUCAGGGGGGCAGCAAGAAUACCGACUUCCUCUUCACCAACACCUGGAACAUUGUUACCGUCUCUUUCACUGACAACAGGAUAACAGUAGAUAUCAACAUGAGGAAGAAGGUGAUGGGCUUGAGCCUGGCGGAAAGUUCCAAGGGGUCCGGGUCCAGAACUAUCGAAGUAUCCAUCGUAGCAACAGAUCCCACGGCCACAAUACGUCCAUCACCAACUUACAGAGUGAGAGUCAACAUUAAAUGCAAUGAUACCUACACACCCGAGAUGCGUACUGCUGCGCCUUUGCCAACCCCCUUACCUCUCACCACUAAAGAAUCUAUUACCAUCCUACAAAUACCAAUUGAUAAAUCACCCUUCAAUAACUGUUCUUGGUAUCAAGUGGAGAUGGAGCAUCCCACGCCUUCCAUCACCUUCGAGAACUCGCUGACACUCGCCAUCUACCCUACCCUGCCACUGUUGUACAUGCACAUCCGUAUUGAUAAUGUCCUCUUCAAGGCUAUUGUGGAACGCAGUUUGUUGAGGUUGUUGAAGUGCGACUCCACAGAGGUCGAGUGUAGCACCAUUAAUGAAAGGGAUUCUCAAGAGGCUGAUCUUCUCCUUCCUAAGACGUGGAACACGAUUACAAUCUCCAUUAUUAAGAACAUGAUUGAAGUGGACGUCAAUAUGAGAACUUUUGUGAAGGGAAAUACUCCACCUGCAAAUUUUGAGGGCGUCCAUAGUAGUGAGGUGACCAUUGUAGCCAAUGAUCAAAGUGCGAAGGAAACCCAAGAGAGCUACUACAUCGUUGGUGUCAACGUUGAGUGCAAUGACACUUUCAGUCCUACAAUACGCCCAGUGAUGCCACAGGUCCGCCUCACAGACACGCCCUUCACAGACGUCCCACUGGUCACACAAGAGCAGUUUAUUGCUACCUCCACGCCGUCGUCAGGCAAGUCAUCAGCUCCUGUGGGUAUCAUCAUCGGCGUGCUCGUUGCUCUCGUCCUUAUCAUUGCUGCGGCCGUUGCUAUUUCCGUAUACAAGAAGAGGCGCUCGGCAGAUAUUAACCAGCACACACCCUUGCGUGAGCAGCAACAGGUCCAGGCAAGGCCAUGAAAGGUCAUCCUACACUGAGGUAUUCUGGCUACCACAGAAAUCUCGCAAGAAGACGAAUAUUAAGGAAAAAACUAUUGCAUAGUUGAUAUAAAAGCCGUGUAAAAACAAUUUUAUGCCUUGUGGGUGUUUAUUCUUAAUUUUAAUAAGAUUGUUAUAUAUGAAAUCAGUUAUUGAACUAUCCUUUAUCAUUAUAAUCAGUACUAAGCCCAUAAGAGUCGGUUCCCCUUAAACAUGUGCAUUCUAUGUGUUAAUUAUAGUGUGUAGGAGGCAAUCAGAUGUACUGCGGGAAAGAGGACAGAUACAAUUCCUUGGAUCAGACCCCUCAUUAUUAAUACAUUCACUGGGGAAUCUCUAAAUCCUUUGGGUUCAGGCAGUGCCUGGAGGAGAAUGAAAUAAGGGUCAGGUUCAGAUCCUUGAAGGCUUAAAUGAAGAGCGUCUCUUCAGCCUCAAGGAUUUUAUUUUGAUCAGCUGUUAUAUGAUCCACAGGGGUCAUAAAGAGGUUGGGGAAUAACUCGUUUAGGUUUGAUCAUGGAAGGGGAAGGUAUCGCCAGUUUCACUGGCAUCGAGGAACCUUCCUCGAGAAGUGUAGUGUGUGUUAGGAUAUUAAGCUCAAGGUAAUCAUUAGCUCAUUUCACAUGACUGAUUUAUCUUUUCCUUCACUUCUUAAAUGACGUAAUAUCAAACAUUAUUUUUUACACUAAAAUAAACUUUUUUUUUUAUUU